UAUGGUUUGACCCAAAAGAAAUUGAACAAAAUCAUCCCAAUUCUGAGGUUUAACUUUGACACGCUCUCCUCAUUCAAAAACACGUUCGUUUGUGCUUAAGAAAAAUACUACAACACCGUCAUUUUUUCUUCUUCAGAAGCAAAUUCGCCAUGUCGGUAACAACUGUUAAAGUAAGCAAUGUUUCUUUAGGAGCAACUGAACGAGACCUCAAGGAGUUCUUUUCUUUUUCGGGUGAUAUUGUAUAUGUUGAGGUGCAGAGGGAUAAUGAGAAAUCUCAAAUUGCAUAUGUUACAUUCAAUGAUAAACAGGGUGCAGAAACAGCUGUUCUUCUUUCGGGAGCAACAAUAAUAGAUCUGCCAGUUACUGUUACUCUGGAUCCAGAUUACGAGCUGCCGCCUGCAGCUUUUGCACCUUCAGCAACACAAAAUAAAACUCCUGGUGGUGCUGAAUCUGCCCUCCGGAAGGCGGAGGACGUAGUUACUAGCAUGCUUGCUAAGGGCUAUAUCUUAGGCAAAGAUGCAGUCAACAAAGCAAAGACUCUUGAUGAAAAGCACCAACUAACUUCAACAGCCUCAGCCAAAGUUGUUUCUCUUGAUAAAAAAAUAGGGUUCACCGACAAAAUUAGCGCUGGCACAACUAUUGUGGGCGACAAAGUCAGGGAAGUGGAUCAGAAAUUUCAGGUUUCCGAGAAAACUAAAACAGCAUAUGCAGCUGCUGAGCAAAAAGUCAGCAGUGCAGGAUCUGCUAUUAUGAAUAACCGAUACGUUUUCACUGGGGCUACUUGGGUAACAGGUGCUUUCAACAAAGUUGCAAAGGCAGCCGGGGAAGUUGGUCAGAAGGCAAAAGAAAAGGUCGGAAUGGCUGAAGACGAGCAGAAAAGAAAAAUUGUUGACGACUUCGCCCAGGUUCACCUAUCCGAGUCACCAAAAGCUGCUGAAAGUGAGCACCUACCUUCAAAACCUGCACCCGUUCAAGGUUUGAUCCUUUGAUUUGAAUGCUGUAAAUUGUACUCUAUUCAAAUUUUAUGUAGGUUUGUUUCUUUAUUACUAUUUGGAGUUUUUCCAGCAAAAGUCGCAAAUGUAGGUCAGUUUACCAUUUACUUCGAUAUGAUUCCGUGUAAUGUCUUGUCUUUUAAAGGUCAAUAUACUGGGAAUUUUUUAUGGCUUA